GUAGAUAAGAGAAAGGCCUUGAGAUGAUCACAUGCAGGGGGAAGUUCUUCUUAAAAAAAAAAUGUUUUUUAAAUAGCAGGGUUCUGAGGACUGGUGCUAUCUGCCCUUCCCCUGUACUACCUUCCACGUUCCCGGUUCACACGCAGUCCCCUAUUGGCACCAGCGGCUCAGGACGGGCCUGAGGGGCCUCUCUCUUCCGCCAGUCCCGGCCACCAGUACAAUGCAGUGAUGGGUCUUCUUCCCAUGAGGAGUCCCUGUUCUUAACCAAACCCGAUGCAAAGGAGAGGUGGGUAGAGACCCAGGUUCCAGCUCUAGGACCAGCUGCCUCUGAGCCAUCUCUGCUUCCUGCAGGCAGCAAUGUAGGAAGAGCCAGGACCGCAGAUCUGCUGGCUAGUUGAUGAUGACUAAGAGGGAAGCUCAGAAGGAGAAGCUGAAGCCCGAGAGGUCCCUGUGACAAUGGCUGUCACAGACCCAGCCACUUCUGAAAUCCAAGGGAGUGCCUGGAAGGCCAGCACGCUGCAGAAAACCCUCAGCACCCUGGACAGAGAUCAAGACCAGGGCAGCAGCAACUUUGCUGGGUUUGCGGGACUUCUCGCCAUCCUCCUCAUCAUCGUGAUUUUCUGCAUCCUGUGGAACUGGAAUAAAUGGAAGAAGUGGCGCGUUCCCUACUUGCGAGUCACCAACAUGCCACUGCUGACUCUGCCUAGACCCAGGCAACAAGCCAAAAAUAUUUAUGACCUCUUGCCCCAGAGGCGAGAAGAGCUGGAGAGACAUCAGUCAAGGAGUAUCCGUGUUUUCAGUACUGAAAGCCUCCUUUCCAGAAAUUCUGACAGCCCUCCUUCUGAAUAUAUGCCUUCCCAAGCAAGGAGUGCCCUCCAGAUGCACAGAGCCCAUACUCAUGCCAUGGACUACACGGUGGGCAUCUAUAACAAUGCCGUGGGGCCUCAGCUGUGUGGGAGCUUCACUCCCUCAGCACUCUAUGCCAAUGUCAGAGCAACCAGAGACUGCCCAAGUAUUUCUUCAGAGGAUUCGAGAGAUUACAUCAAUGUUCCCACAGCAGAAGAGAUUGCCAAGACUCUAGCUUCUACCACCAGCUCCCCUGGGAGUCUCUUUGUCCUACCAAGUGCCCAGGAGUCAGAGUUUACUGAGGAAAAGGACAAAGAUGCUGGGGAUUCCAAUGACUGCACCUGUUUUUGGUCUCCAGAAACCAGGAGCAAUGAUCCACUAAGUGAUGGGGAAGGUUCUCAGACCUCAAAUGACUAUGUCAACAUGGCAGGGUUGGAUAUUGAGGACACCCAGGAGAAACAGUCCUGUGUGGCUUUUCCAUGCUGCAGAGAUUAUGAGAAUGUCCCAUCAGCAGAUCCCAAUGGGAGCUGGCCACAGGCAGAGGGAGAAAGGACAUCCUCAAACACAGAUCAUGUUGAGGGCAGGACAGAAGGUCCAGGGACCCGUAUCCAGGUUGUCUUGCGAUCAGGGAGCCACCUGGCUUUAGGGGAUUCUGUGGCCCACCAGCUCUCUGCACAGAGUGGAAACAGUCAGAUGAAACAUGGAGAAGAGAUGUCAAAGGAGGACUCUAAUGAUUAUGAGAACAUGCUAACUGCCAAGUUAGGAGGCAGGGACUCAGGGGCAGGACUCAGAGAGCAGGCAGACACACAGCUCCUUCCAGAAGAACUGAGACCCAGCCACCCAGCUGGAAAACCACAGGAAGUAGUCUGUCCUUCCAUAUCCAUGGCCAUUACAGGGUCUACUGCAGACCCUUGACCAUUACUGUAUUUCAGUGAAUUCAUUUGGGUAGGCCAAAAUUAGGCAGAGAUGAGUAGGGUUCUAAGACACUCACAAAAGCUGUGGUACAUGACUCUCUGCAGUUGUCAAAACACAAAAAUUACACAGCAUAGAGUGUCUUUCAUUGUAUGCAAAAUUUUAAACACAAAUCAGCGGUCAAGGGAACUGAUGAUGGAAUGCAUGUUGGGAAAAGUAAUCUAACUGUAUUACAAAUAUAUGACAUAACCUCAUUGAAGGAGACAGCGGUGGCCUAAUUUACUUUGGAAAACAAUGUCUUUACUUGAAACUGUAAGAUAAAGACACAAAGAACUGUGCACAAACACUGCACUCUAGUUGGAAAAUUUGUUUCUCACAGGAUAGCCACAUAUCUCAUAGAUUAGCAAUUCUGAAACUACUUUAAAUGUAUACUAGGGAUGAACAAGUAAGUAAAUAUAUUAUAGGCAAGGAAAGGCAGGUUUCUUAGUGCCAGAGAAAGAGGUGACAAAUAAGCAAACAGGAAAGUCUACAAUGAACUCUGUGGUGCUGGAUUAGAGCGGGAGUCGUAUUUUGAACCAUGUUAAUUUUAAUAUAUAUGAAUAGAUACAAAAAUAAAUAUACAUAUAUGUGUACACAUAGGCUGGUAUACAUACCUUUCCUAGUUCUGUCCACUAGAAAACCUAGAAAUGAUGACACCUGGUAGCAAUGAACACACUUAGCACUCAGAUCUUGGUUUCUAAAUAUCACUUUCCAAUAAAAGGAACCAGAGCUCUUUCAAGAAAUGGCUGGUUCUAGGAUUGGGGCAGGGAUAACACAGGAUGAGCUUGACCAUCUUGUAGAAAAGAAGAGAAAGAGAGGGGGACAGGGAAAGAAAAGAUGAGGGCAUAUCAAAAGGCGCCAACUGGAAGGGCCCCCAAAGGCAAAGCUAGAAUAAUUUAAGCAAUAAAAAUAAAUAAUUAUGAUAUAAAUUUAUAAAAAACAAAAUAAAUAUCUUUACCAUUGGUCAAAUAAAUAAAAUGAAGGAAAGGGAUAAGUCUUCCUUACAGAUGAAUUCCAAAUGAUAAAUGUAAGAGAUGAGGGGGAAAAUAAAUCAUUAUUAAGAAACCACAGAACAAUUGCUGUGGGCAAGUCCUGAUGAAUGUUAAAAUUAAUGGGUGAUGCUUGAAGGAGAAAUAAGAUAGUUGCUUAGCCUCAGAGAAUCUCCCCCACCUAAAUAUUUAUUCAUAAUUGUAGUUUUAACACAUGUUCAAAACAAGUUAUUUGAUACAUCCGCUGGAACUUAAAUCCCCUGAAUUUAGUGACUUCUAACAAACAGAAUGUAGAAAGGGAGGAAGAAUAAAUUUAGAGCGGAGAAACUUGGCAGAUACCACUUUACCCAAAUGCUCAUGGUUAACUCACCAGUAAAAAGUUACGUUGCUAUAUGAUCAAGGAUGGGUACUCCACCUCGGUGGUAUUCUUCCCCCAAAUCCACAACCUCAUUUGUGUCAUGAGAAAAAACAAAAAACAAAAAAAAAUACAGAAAACCCAAAUUGUAUGACAUUCUACAAAUACCUGCCUGGAAUUCUUAAAAGUGUUAAAAUCAUGAAAGAUAAGGAAAGACUGAGAAACAGUCACAGAUUGGAGGACUCUAAAGGGACAUGAGGACUACAUACAGCCUGGUAGCUUCAACUGAACCCUGGCACGGAAAAAGGACAUGAGUAGGAAAAAAAUGGUAAAGUUCAAAAACUCCAUAUUUUAGCUAGUAGUAUUAUCUCAGUGUUAGUUUCUUAGUUUUGGUAAACGUAUUGUGGUUAUGCACCAUGUUAACAUUAGGGGAAGCUGGGUGAAGGGUCUACAGAAACCCCGUUACUCUCUUUGUAACUCUUCUGUAAAUCGUUUCAAAAUAAAAAAUAACUUUAAAGCACGGAUAAAGGUGGGAGUGAAGCCAUCCAGGCUCAUCUCACUUAAACAAGGACACCUGUCUUUGUUCCUUCUUCAAAAUGGAUAUAACACGGGGCACAUGCAAGUGUAAUCAUUCUGGGUAUUUGUGUGCUUUCCCCAUUGUUUUAACAUAGAUGCUGAGUCUCCCCUGUCAAUCUGCGUCAUUUUGCCUGCUAGGAAAUAUACCUCAGUCCUUUGUGUUUACCCUGUCUCACACCAGGCCCAGGAUAAAGGCAGGUUAUUGAUAAUCGAUGAUUGGUGAUGGGGUUUCAGUGCACAUACUUAUACCAUAAAAUGGUGAGAGAGGUUUUUCUCUGUUAUUCAGGAAUCCAGGCAAAGGCCUAGAGCUGAGUACCGAAGGUGUAAAACACGCUACAUUCUGAGUUCUAAGUGCCACCAGCUAUUAGGGGUCAACGAACCCCUAUCAGGGCUUAUUGAGAGCAGGAAAAUUCAUCCUGCCAUAUACUGCUCUCCACCGUAUCAUGUUCCUGCUCCACAGGAGAGGAUGGAGAGGUAAUUGAAGCUCGCCUUGAGGACUGUGCUGGUCAGGAAGAGAUUCUUCCUCCUUCAUUGCCCCCAUCCCUGGGGGUGGUAAUCAUGUCCUACAGGGUGCCUGAUGCCCCAAGAAAAUGAGAAAGAAGAAACUGUUGUCAGAACUGAGAGAGAGGGGCUGUGAAGUAGCUGGGCCACCCACUGUUGGGCAUGCCAACUACAAUAGGAGUGUGGCCAGGACCAUCUAGGUGGUACCACCUCAUCAAGGAACCAGGCAAAGUUUCUCUAGGGUGAAGCUGUGAGGUGUAGGCCAUCUGAGGUGGCCUCCAAGCACUUGGAUGGCUGCUGUAGACUGAGCUUUUGUGUUCCCCCAAAAUUCAUUAUGUUGAAACUUAAUUCCCAAUGCAAUAGUAUUUUAAGGUGGGGCCUUUAGUAGGUGAUUAGGUCAUGAGAGUGGGGCUCUCAUGAAUGGGAUUAGUGCCCUUAUAAAAGGGACCCCAGGGAGCCCCUUGCCCCAUCUACCACAUGAGGACACAGCAAGAAGAGGGCCAUCUGUGAACCAGGAUAGAGGUCUCACCAGACACCAAAUCUUUGAGUGCCUGGAUCUUGAAUUUCCCA